UCCAAGCACAUAUGUGCGAGUAACUAUGGGAACGGCAGCAGGAAUGCAGUACAGUGCGAUGACAGGAUACCGAACAGAUAUCGCAGCGUUAUGGAAUUGAUAGUUAUUUAAACAGAUUUUAAAUAUAUCCCGGUAGGGAUAUUAUGCCGAUAACACGGCGUAAUCAUAGUUAUAAAUGUUUGCCAAGAGUUCGAAUAAGAUUGCAAGUGCUGGGGUGCAAGAAGAUUGCAAGUGCUGGGGUACUGUCGACUCUGGGAGGUUGUGGACCUAGUCAAGUAUUCUGCUGGCAGUGCCGAGGGAAAGUCAGUAAGCACAUCAAACAGAUGUGCUGGAGAAAGACAGGGAAUUUUGAGAUUUGCUCAGCGAAAAGCGAGGUACAAAAAGAUUGGAUUUGGUCGAAGAGCGUGUGUUGUGUUCAUGCACAGAGUGUUCAUAGUAUUUUGGAGCGUGGUUGAAUCUUUGGCACUGGCAAGCAAGCAAGCGUCAUCGGCGAAGAGUUUUGUUAAAAGAUUCGAACAGUUCGACAAAUCAUUCAUGAAAAGUAAGAAAGCCAAUGGUCCAAUGACCGAACCUUGGACAAUUCCACAGUGGAUGGGCAACAUCGGAGACCUAUGACAUCCUACUUCAACAAACUGUGAUCGACCACUCAGGUAAUUACAUAAUAGUUUGCAUGCGUUACCUCUAAAACCACAGUGUAUCAACUUUUGGACAAGAAUUUGAUGAUCAACUGUGUCAAAGGCCUUCUUUAAAUCCAGGAAUGCACAACAGACAGACUCCCCUUUAUCAAUUUUUUCAUAGAUAAAUGAAAUAAGAUCUAGGAUGGCAUGGGAAGUCGAGUGAUUGGAUUGAAAUCCGAAUUGG